AUGCUAUGUCAUGAAUCACUGUUAAGCUGUAGUAAAGGUGCACGGGGUCUUUCCGUCCUUUGGCGGGUAACCGGCGUCUUCACCGGUACCACAACUUCGCCGGGCUGGUUGUUAAGACAGUGCUCAGAUCGUUACGCCAUUCGUGCAGGUCGGAACUUACCCGACAAGGAAUUUCGCUACCUUAGGACCGUUAUAGUUACGGCCGCCGUUCACCGGGGCUUCGAUUCGGAAGCUUCGCCGAAGCUAACCUCUCCUCUUAACCUUCCGGCACCGGGCAGGCGUCAGCCCCUAUACGUCGUUUUCGACUUUAGCAGAGACCUGUGUUUUUGGUAA